GGGAAGCGAGUGUGUUUUCUCCCGCUCUCCCCAAUCGGCUGACUCACUCUCGAGACCUCUGCUACUGACACACUUUGGGACGAGGCUCUGUGCCCGGCGCAUGCGGGGGCCCCUCUUGUGCAUGAUUAUUCCCUUUGUUUUCAUUAGUUUUUGCCUUUAAUCUCGGUCAAUAAAAUCGCGAGAGACAGCCGGAAACAGGGACUGUCGCUCACCUUAUUGACUUGGCUUUUAGGCGUUCGACCUGGAGAAUCGAUGGUGAUUUUACGAUUGCGAAAAAAAUAACAACGCAAACAACCCUAGAGUGAGAUAUUAACGAAGAGAGUUUGUUCACUAAAAAAACAAACAAGCAGACCCGUUUCUUUUAAAUAACUGAUCAAGAGAACGAACGACAACUGACUUCUGGUGACUGUGAAAACACGUGGAAUACGACAGUCGCGGUGAUUUCGCCAAACGACUUCCGAUACAUAGCUCGUUGGCGUCGUAUGAUGCCACACUGCCUCUCCAAAUAGGUCGUUCUUCUCAAAUUAAAAGAUGGCGUCGUGGCGUUCGGUAGCGGUGCUGCUGGUGGCGGCCGCGGCGGCGACGGCGACGGAGGGCCCGGCCGAAUCGGCGGUGGAGCGGCCGACGGCGGCGGCGGCGAUGGCAGUAGCAGGUGCGGCAGACUUGGAGGACUUUGAUAGCGAGUCCCAGAUCUUGCUGGCGUCGGGGCGGCAGGGGGUGCCCAAUGGGCGUGGCAUGCUUUCCAUGGCCUUCGAUGCCAUGAACCCGGUGCCCUAUUUCAUGGGCGGCCUGAGAGGCGUCCGGCACGUCAUGAAGCAGAGGCUGGUUCCCCUCCGCGGCAUGAUGAUGAACAACUUCCAAAGGAACCUUCCGAGGCCCGGGAAUAGGUUUAGAGGUGGUGGCGGGAAUAAGCAUGCUCAUGGCUUGGGUGGCAGAGGCUUCCGGGCCGGGGGCAAGAGGCCUCUCUCGUCUGGCCUGAGGGGGGGGAAAGGUGGCGGCUCCUCUAACGAUUUCCUGCAGGGUUCCUUGAGGACCAACAAGGAACCCUCUACCUCCUUUACUUCUACUGACAAUCCUUCCCUCUCUACCGACUUCGGGACGCUGAAGCCCGCCUCCAUCGUGAGCGGGCAGAGGCCGUCCCCCGACGCCAGCACGCAGACGCCCUCCCCGAUCUCCGACAUCGGGACAACCAAAACUUUCGCGCAGACGACUUCCACGCCUGCCGUACUAACCAGCCUUCCUUCUCCUUCCUCUCUCUUGCCUGCUUCCAAUGAGAAACAAGGAACGCGAGUCAUCAACAUACAGAUUCCUAAAGAACUUCAGGAUAUCCCAAUUCUGGAAAUCAACAUGAAGUCCAAUGGGGACAUCAGCAUCGGCCCCGGCGGGAUCAAGACGGAUGCGGACGUCCCUCACACGCAGGCGUCCCAUGACGCAGCCGACGUCCCCAGUACGGGCAACUCUUUCACUCAGGACUUCCGUAACGACGAUUUAGACCUUGGUGCGGAUAAUGCAGGCACCUUCGACUAUGAUUCUGCAUUUCCCAGCGCCCAGCAAGGUGUCGGCCAGAUGGACACCAGCCUCCAUACUUUCCCACCCGAGAGUACUGAGAGAGUCAAUUCUAUACAAGACAUCCUUCGCAUGCAGAAACUAGGGAAUACUAACAAUGCUUUUGGGAAUGGGAUGUUUGACGUCGCUCCCAUGACACGCAUGCAGCCCUUGCCACUUGGCAGUGAAAGCGGUCAUACUAACAAUCCUGUACUUAAUAAAGAUCCAAAUUUACUUUCGAGACAAAAUCUUUUAUCAAACUUUCCAUCAACUUUCCCUCAAGAUCGAAAUAAUGUUAAUCAUAUAUACUUUGUCCCUUUUAACAUGCAACCGUCUGUCCCAACAUCAGGACCGACUGUAGAAAAUAGGUCACAGACAAUCCCUCCGCAAACAGAAAUAAGUUCAGGCAAGAAAGAUUCUCCCGUUUACUAUAUUGACAUUACCCUUCCAGGAAAGAAAGGAGAACCCACUGUAAAGGCCAGCCGGAUGAAGAGGAGUCUGCAGUACGAUUUUGACGGCUGGUAUCCCCUAGACGUCAGCAACCCGAUGGCUGACGAUCCUACGGUCGGGUACCAGCCUCCGCCACUCACGCAGGUCCACUUCAGCGCCGAACCGACGGCCAAGAAGCCCAUGUACCCGGUGAGGCCUGAGAACCCGCCUGUGUUCGUCGUGCGGUCAGAGAAGGUACAGCCCGAGUACGACUCUGUUUACGGCACGGAGAACAUCGAGUACUUCCACAUCCAUCCGCAGACCAACAUCAUUCGAGCCUUCCGGUCUCCGUCGCAGAGUGUCGGGGCGAUUCGCUUCAUGUCUGCUCCACAGUUCGGGGAAGGCGAGGAGCAGGCAGAGACUCCUGGCUCUCCGAAGACAAGCGGCUCAGAGGACCGGAACGCCACUGACAAGGAGCCAGGGUUUGCCGAGCGAGCAGACGACUUCGCGAAGGGAGAGGGAAGGAUUCAGUUUCCAGAAGGAGCAGCAUACGACGAUAACUACGAGGACGACAUGGAUGGGGCGUUCUCGGAGAUCCACCCGACGAUGGUCAGAGGCCGACCUGGCCACAUAUUCCAAUAUUCUUCAGGGGACUAUGAAGAAAGACCUAGCGUGAUACGUCGACAGGAUUAUACAGGAAAUCGAGAGAUCGACAGGACGAGAUCCAGAGUGGCUCUCUACGAGCUGUUGGGUAAUCAUAAUCCGGAGUCCCAGAUUGAAGAGGCCCCUUACCUAGGAUCUGCCACAGAUUCCGCGGGAGCAUCAAACAUCCGCAAAGUCCUGCCACCAACCUUUUUCAGAAACCUGCCCAACCGUCGCCCCAGCACCACAAGAACCAGCUCCGGCCAAACGGCCACAAGAAGAGGUGGGACCGACUACGACGAAGUCUCUCCGAGCUCGACCCGGUCGUGGUUCCUCAUCGAAACGCGAUCUGAGACACCAAACCGAAAGCGGGAGCCAUCCAUAGCCUCGUACAUUCACCCCGAGACCCACACGAGUGAUGAAAAGAUCCACUACAAACCUUACGGGCCCGUCUCCUAUGUCCCUAGAGGGGUGCAGAGAGGCGAACACAUCCACAAUCCUCACCUAGACGACCACAUGAAUUCCUACAAGCCCAGCACUAGUCUCACCGCCAACAGCCUCUCGGAACUUCUUCAGAUAUUCCGCUACACCCAAGUGACGGACUCGCCCAAGGUGAGGGGCGCCACUGAUAACCCUGUGACCUUGAGGGAGUUCAGAUACACUCGGCCGACCGAGGAGCCUCCGACAACCCCGUCGGCCUUCUUCCCGAGCAGUCUGAGGUACACCACGCCUCCAGCUCCUGCAGACGAGCCCUCGACAGAGACCGCGGUCACGGAGAAGGAGCACGGCAAUUUCUUCGACGCCGUGGCUGACACGAAUUCCCUCGACGGGUACCUCUUUUCAGACUCAGAGGCCAGUCCUGAGUACGCCCGCCCGCAGUUGCGCCCCAACGUCGUCAUCAUUGAGGGCAAGGACUCGCAUAACUCAAAGGGCGUCGUCAGAGAGAGUUCGACGGUGAGGGUUGUCAGUUCCUCCUCCGCAACUUCUAGGCCCGCUCCGACUGCCGACAGUCUGCCCGAAAAGAUAAACUUUGAGGAUCUGGAAGUGAUCUUCACUGGUUCCAAAUCCUUGUCGUCGCCUCUUUAUAUCAUUCACCAAGGUCAUUCUAAGGUCAGAGUCUUUGGCAUCAAUUCCGCUGAAGAUAAGUCUCAGGACGACUUUGAUUUUAAUGAUCAGGUGAUCUUCUCAACCUACAAACCUACGUCGUUGGAGAACACCACCUCCACCAGCUCUUCCACCUCCAACACUACCUCCUCCACCUCUACCACCACCUCCUCUACUCCCACUCACACCACUAGCACAACCACGUCCACCACCAUGGAUAGCACCACCGGAACCCCCCCUACUGCAACUACCACCCUUUCCACCCUUCCCACCCUUUCCACCCUUUCCACCCUUUCCACCACACCCUUUCUCGUAGAUGAAGACACCACCACCGAUGUAACCCCCACAGACACGACCCCCGAGCCCAGCACGCAGAUGGUAACAGAAUACGAGCUUUUACCCGUAGGCGACAAUGACGAGUAUGAAUAUUACUACUACGACGAUGGCGUUCUUCACGACAUGGCGGUCGGGGACGACUACCGCUCCGAGGGCGGCGUCAGGCCGACCCUCAAGCUGCCCAACCCCCCUCUGCCCCGCCCCAGUCGCGAAGCCCACGGAUCGCCAGUCAUUUCCUCUCCGCUUGACGCUCCGGGCUUAAGCGCCUACCCGAGCCCCGCGUCCUUCUCGUACCUCUUCCAGGAGCGGCUGCCGCACGUCGAACCCCUUCUGCCCCAGCAGGGGGAGAGUGGCGGCGCCCCAGCCCAGGCCCUUGCUAAGGACACCCUCAGUGUGCCCAGAGCAGUCUUCUUCACCAAGAGACAGCCCGGCAGCCAAAGCACCCGAGACGACGUCCAGAUUUCGCACCCGUUCGAGUACCUCUCCGAGCUCUCCCACCUAGAGAAAGAGCUGAGGAAGCCCUUGCUAACGACGACGUCGCCCUCGGCUCACAGCCCUCCGCAGAUGAAGAGAGUCACCUCAGGCCUAGCUGAUGCGUGACUGCUGUUGUAGAAGGUUUGCUUAUGUAAAAUAUGUAUAACAAGUUAGCGAUAGCACACAGGAUUCUAGGAGGAAGAUGAUUUCCUGUAAGAGGAAGGACAGGCAUGUGUGAGGGGAAUGCUAGGACCUCCUUCAUCAUAGCAGGCUGUUGCAUUAUAUUCACUGAAAUCAAGCAGAAAGCAUCAGGAUUCUUAUUUAUUUCUUAUGUUGGCCUUUCUGUUGGAUACGAAUCACAAAGCUGGAAACUAGGUUUUAUCAAAAUUUUUAAAAAUUCUUUGUCAAACCUAUCUCUAAUAUGCUUUUAAGCCUAUGUUUAAAAAGUGUAAAAAGAGGUACAUGUCAUUCCAGAAUCUUCACUGUGAGUGUCCUCUGUAAUAGUUUUUCUUUCAUGAAAGUGUUCUGUCAGCGUGUGACACUGCUAACCUGUUUACACAUCAAAUUCUUGUCAUUCCCUGUAAAUCAACAAUAGGUUAAGUUCUUGUGUAUUACUUUAGUAAAAAAUGUAAACUUGACAAUCAGGAGGCUAUUAUCCAGUGGUUAAAGAAAAAAGGUGAACGGAACAAACAAAAAAAAAAUCUGAUUUUCUCUCCAUAUAAUCAAUUCAGGAACGUUGUGCCUAAUUCAGCAAAUUUCAAAAAUUUUCAGGAACUUAAUCAAUUUUGAGCUUGUAGAUACUGUUGCAGCACAAAAAUGAGCAGUCUUUCAUCAGCACAAGAAGCCAUCCACCUCAUCCACUGGUAAUUUCAAUCGGUAUCGACAGAUUAUCUAUUUUUAAUUAAUUUGUUGACUGGCCUUUGUGUGUCUAUAUUUAUGUUUUAUUGGUUAACAAUUUAUUCUCAAUGUCUACAGUGUAAGUUAUAAGAAAAUAUGAUUCUAAUGAACCUCAAAACUGGUAGUCUUUAUAAUGUUAAGAAACUUCAUUGUAUUAUCAUGACAUCCCUGUACUAUAUAAGGUCAGCACUGUUAUUUAUUCACAUACUGAUCUGAUCCAUACUGCAAAGUAAGUGUCCGAGUGAUGUUAGAUUGACAAAAAAACAAAAAGGAAACUUACAUUUCCUUCCUUCCUUCUUCCUUGAGAGAUACACACGUCUCAAUUGUUCAUAUAAGUUCUCUUUUUCUAUAUGUGUUUCUCUUAUUUUUCUUCCUUUGAAUCCAUUUUCCUCCGUCAUUCCUUCAAGCUCGAAAAUAUUAAAAAAGAAAAUAACAUUGGGCCUUACCAUUGGACCUGUGUUGUAGCAUGUCCUUUGAUCUGCCCAAGCUCAAGCAACCACACAAUUCACUCAGAAAGCAGUGGUUGUUCGUAACUUCUCUGACAGCACACUCUGACAUUAUACCAUUUACAAAACGGUAUCUGAGCAGACUCAAAGGGAAAGCCAUUAAUGCUGUAUAAUUUGUACAUACAUCUCACUGUAGAAGUGUCUUUAAAUAUAACUAGGUUGAAUGCCUUUCAUCUUGAUAUCAUAAUUAUAAUAAUAAUUGAUAUUAUUAUUACUAUUCCUAUUAUUAUUAUUAUUAUUAUCAUCAUUAUUAUUAUUAGAGUAUCUUCUUUCUACUGAACAUUUCAUAACUUGUGUCCUUCACCUGUAUAUUAAUAUGUUACUGUUAGGUGUUUAUUGUUAGUAUAAAUUUUAUCCUGUUUACAUAAUGAAAUAAACAGCCAAUGAUA